AUGUCCAUGCCCACCCGCACCAAGACUUGGUGGAAGACCGCCGUGGUCUACCAGAUCUACCCGGCGUCGUUUUGCGACUCCAACGGUGACGGCAUCGGCGACAUCCCCGGGAUUGUGUCGAAGCUGGACUACAUCCAGGGCCUGGGCGCGGACGUGGUGUGGCUCAGCCCCAUGUACGACAGCCCGCAGGUGGACAUGGGCUACGACAUUGCCGACUACGAGAGCGUGUACGCGCCGUACGGGACGCUGGCGGACAUGGACACGCUGAUCCGCGAGGCGCACGCGCGGGGGAUCCGGGUGCUGCUGGACCUCGUGGUGAACCACACGUCGGACCAGCACGCGUGGUUCCAGGAGUCGCGGCGGUCGACGGCGAGCGCGAAGCGCGACUGGUACAUCUGGCGGCCGCCGCGCGUGGACCCGGCCACGGGCGAGCGGGCGCCGCCCAACAACUGGCGCAGCUUCUUUGGCGGCGGCAGCGCGUGGCAGUGGGACGCGGGCUCGGGCGAGUACUACCUGCAUCUCUUUGCGGCCGAGCAGCCGGACCUCAACUGGGAGAACCCGGCGACCCGUGCGGCCAUCUACGCGUCGGCCAUGGAGUUUUGGCUGCAGCGGGGCGUUGACGGGUUCCGCGUGGACGUGGUCAACACGUACAGCAAGCCGCCGGGGCUGCCGGACGCGCCCGUCACGGACCCGGACGCGCCGUUCCAGUCGCCGGUGGCGCUGGUGUGCAACGGCCCGCGCAUGCACGAGUUUCUGCGCGAGAUGAACACGCGCGUGCUGGCGCCGCACAACGCCAUCACCGUCGGCGAGCUCGCCAUGACCCCGGACCCGGACCACGUGCGCCGCUACGUCAGCGCCGCGGCGCAGCAGCUCGACAUGGUGUUCCAGUUCGAGGUCGUCAUGGUCGGCCACCACCUCACCGACAUGACGGGCACGUUGGCCGACGCCAAGGUCAAGGACUUUACGCUGCCGCAGUUCAAGCGGGCCGUCGGCUUCACGCAGACGCUGACGCGCGGCAACGACGCCUGGAACACCGUCUUCCUCGAGAACCACGACCAGGCGCGGUCCGUGUCGCGCUUUGCCGAGGACGCGCCGGCCUGGCGCGUCGCCAGCGCGCGCCUGCUGGCGCUGCUGCAGGCCACGCUGGGCGGCACGCAGUACAUCUACCAGGGCCAGGAGCUGGGGCUCGUGAACGCGCCCAAGGCCGCCUACGGCCUCGACAACUACCUCGACAUUGCCAGCCGGCAGUGCAUCGAGGCCGUCCGCGCGCGCUAUGGCGACGCCGCCGACGGCGGCGACGCGGCUGUCGACCGCGCGUUCGACGCGCUGCAGUACCUGGCGCGCGACCACGCGCGCAUCCCCAUGCCGUGGAGCGGCUCUGGGAAAUAUGGCGGGUUCGCCGAGGCGGCCGAAGCGGCCGGCCGGCCCGUCGCGGAACCCUGGAUGAAGCCGCACCCCCUCGCCGGCGAGAUCAACGUGGCCGACCAGCUCGGCGACGCCAACAGCGUGCUCGCCUACUGGAAGGCCAUGGUGGCGCUGCGCCGCGCCCACCCGGACCUGCUCGUGUACAGCGACUACGAGGCGCUGCGCGAGGACGACCCGGACACCAUGGUCUACGUCAAGGUGCCGCUCGCCAACAACGACAAGGAGCGGGUGCUGGUGGUGCUCAAUUUCACGACCAAGGCGACGGCCGUCCCGACGCCCGACGCGGCCGAGCUGGGCUUUGCGGCCGGCCAGGACGUGCAGUAUACGCUGCUGGCAUCGACGCACGAGAACAAGAAGGCCGCUGUUGGCGAUACGUUUGCGCCGCUCGAGGGCCGUGCUUACAUUGUGAAGGUGUGA